CCUGCCCGAGGACGUGACAGAGGAAGAAAUCGUUGCGGACAUGGCGUACUUGGUGGAGCUCAUCGUGCCCAGGGCCAGAAACGCCAGCCGGUUCGCCCGCUUGCAACAAGUCUUAGACCAAAACGGGAUGAGUGUGGACGAUGUCAUGUUCUCGGUGUCCCCCUCCUGCGACGAGAUGCUGGUCAUGUGCCGCUGGAAGAGACAGAGGUGCGCACAGUGCUCCGACCUGUUCCGAAAGGUGCGCACCGCGUACGGCUACUGCUGCAGCUUCAACUACGCCGACAGGGAGCUGGACUCCAUCACGUGGCGGCCGCGCUCGCGCGGUUGCGUCGGCCCCACGGUGCCCGUCGUGCACAGGACCUCGUCCUGCGGCUUCACCAACGGCCUGUCGGUGGCCGUGCACGUCAAGCCCGGCGAGUACUUCUCGUCGCUGGUGCCGUCCUACUCCGUCAUG